AUGACAAAUCAAGCCGUCAAGCGAUUCAAGUGCCUGAUCGAAGGGUGCGAGAGGCAUUUCCCGAGGAAGAGUGCGAUCCACAGUCAUAUCCAGACGCAUUUAGAGGACAAGCCCUACCUCUGUCCGACAGAGGAUUGUAAUGCCGCGUUCGUCCGCCAACAUGAUCUGAGACGACAUAUGAGGAUUCACAGCGGGACAAAACCGUUUCCUUGCCCUUGCGGUAAAGGCUUUGCUCGAGGUGAUGCGCUCCAUCGUCAUCGACAACGUGGAAUCUGCAGCGGUUCAAUCGUGCCUCGCCGAGGUAGUCCGGACCCAGGUCACAGGUUCGAACCUUACUAG